AUGACAAGUGCAGUGAAACCACCUGAGGGCUGGAUACCUUUGCCAGCGACCGCAAGCGAGGAGCACAAAAAGUACUGGAAUCUAUUCCUCGAACAAUGGGAGCUACACAAGUCCCAGUUCCCUCAGGAUGAAGACGCCUGGAAAAAGGUUUCGCUAAAGCUCCAAAAGGGGAGGUCAUGCAAACUAUUCAAUCACUAUAUUGCAAAGAAGGAAGCUCCAAAGAAUCUCACUUGGGGCCAUCUUGUCGCUGCCAUCAUCCUUUUCGGCAAGACCACGGUCGUGGGCUCAACGUUUGGCCAGAGGAUUCAGGAAAAGUACCCUCAGUCAGACAUCACAACCAUGAAAUACAACACGUCGGGGCCAACUCUCGACGCCACAGGUAAAACUAUUCUAACAAGACGAAAAACUUUACGGCAUGGUGAAAGCGGAGUAAAGGAAGAGGACGAAAUCGAGGAAGAGGAAGAACCACAAGAACAAGAAGAUGAAGAAGACCAAGACUACAGAGCUUCCGAAGAGGCGGAAUCGUCAAUAUCAGUGUCUCAACAGCCAACGAGACAUUCCACCAACCCUCCCGUUACCUUGCCAAGAAGCACCAUAUGGCGGACCGGUAAUAUCUUCACAGCCGCUCCUCUGGACAAUUCAACAAAUCGUCACAGCCAGUCUCCUCACCCUCGACAAGGAACACCUCGGUCAAGAGGGAGUGCGACGCAGGCUCGGAGAGAAAGCACCAUUCUUUUCCGUCCUGGAUCCAGUUCCGAACAGCCUCGGGCAGAAACCCAAUCUAACAUACCCAGAGGCAGUGGUCCUCGCAAUAACAUAGAAUCAUCACCCCAAGAAGAAUCUACUAUAAACGUUUUCACAAGACCCGACCUUGAUACCGCCACCAAUCUUGCUCAAGAGGAGCCAGACUCCAAUCCUGAACAGGCCAACGAUCAUCACGUCAUCAAUACCAGUCCUGAUAACAGCACUGGUGAUGGCUGUGAUGGGAUUUAUUUAUUUGAAGACGCUGCUGCCGAUGCCGCCGCCGCCGCCGCUGCCAACACCACUACCAGGAACACCCCCCCGGAGAAUAACUUUGCUGGCAACAUUUUCACCCACGCUGAAUUUACCGUCAGCACUACGACUGACAAUGAGCCCCAAAACAGCAGAUUCAGGGGCCCUGUCUUCUCCCCAAGCACAUGGAACGUGAUAACGGGUAAAAAGCGAAAAAUUGACCAAAUUGGAGAUAAUAUCACACCACGGCCCAGCCCACGUCCACAAGCUACGUGGGGAUCGUCAAUCUCAAGGCAGUCCUCUCCCCAUGUUAGCACUCCUGUGGAGACUGUCGAUGCGAAUCUCGAAGAGCUUACCACCCACACUGAGGCUCUGGGACGCAUAUUGAAACGCUAUCAUCAAUUAAGCGGCUAUGCAAUUCCUCUGGACGGCCCCGAGCAGGAGCUCACAAAACUACGCGACAAGAGCGCCAAGAUACUGAGAGAUAUUGACGCAUGGGGUUUGGAGUUGACCAUAUCGAAAAAGAGAGCCAUGGUCGAGAUCGAAAGCCUUCGCGAAUCCAACCAGAAGUUGGAGAAGAAAAACCGAGAUUUGGAGUGGGCAAGUACUAUGACCCAGGCAAAAGCCGACAAAGCCCACGACAAGCUUGUUGAGCAGUUUGCCCAGCACUUGUCCGACUCCAGAACCGAGUUUGACGGCUUCCGGCAAGACGUUCAGAAGUCACUUGAGGAAAGUGAAGGAAAAGCAGGCCGUUCCUUGCAAGAGAAACUGGAAAGUCUGGAGGCUCGGAUGAAUACCUCAGCAGCCACUUUGAUGGAGGAUCGUGCCAGAGAAGAGCAGAUGACGCGGCGCAAGUUAGAGCGUUUAGAGGCGAUGCUCGAAAGGUCGAACGAGAAUAAUAGACAACUAGAGAAGAAGCUUUUGGGGCUUACGGGCAUCGUCGCUGACAUUGGCGCUGCCUCAGACGUCGUCAAGUCAGAAGAGCAAUGGAAUUCAGCACUCGAAAAGUACGGGCUGCAGGAAUAA